AAGGGUUACGUGCAGGGUCACGGUGAGCCUCUGAGGCUAGCGAAAUCCGCCAGGAAAUGCAGGACCGACGGAGGCAAGGACAGAGCUUUGUCACAAUAUAUAAAAUGUAAAAAAUCCUUACUACUAAUCAUGCAAAGAUAUCUCGUGAGCUACAGUGGUAUUUUAUAUGCACAACACAGUCUUUUUGGUAGGCUUUGCUAGGUUUUACACACUGUAUUUUCAAUAAUAAUUUAUAAUAUGACUAAUAAACCAUGUAACUAGAAAUGUUUGUCUACAGUGAGCCAUUAUCUAUGGCUGAUCUUCUGUAACAUUAGAUCUUGUUCCGCAGUCUCUCAUGGAUUUUCAUGUGAGAACUGCUAGUUGUUAGUCUGUUUGCAAUUACAUCCAACAGACACUUGCUCCAUUUUUAUGCUUAUAUUUGUUCUGAUUUAGGGCUGAUGGCAAAUCACAAAGAAAUUAUUCUGCCUGUUUGGAUUUGUUUAGAAAUAUUGUAAUUCCUUCUUGUUAUACAGCUGGCACCUACCUUCCCCCAGCUCGAAACACACACACACCCCUUUUUUUUUUUUUUUUUUUUGCGGAGUAAGGAUUUUGCUGAGAGUAGAUUUAAAGUAAAUAUGUUUUGCUGUUAGGCUCACAAAUACCAUUCACUCACUUAAAUUUAUCAGUCUCUUUUCAUUAUUUAAUAAACAUUAUUUCUGUUAUAUUUACAUUUUAAUUAAUGCAAAUUCAGUUUGUUGUAAUCUCCUAGAAUGUGAAUUUAAUACAAAAAACAUAGGAACCACCAUUUGCAUGCUGCUUACAUGACCCCAAAUGUAAAAUGCAUCCUUGUACAAACAAUUUAUUCAUAAUGUAAAAGCAUUAACUUCCACCACUAUUUAUUAAAUAUGGGUAAUCUCUAGUUGUAAACAUCUCUUUCCCAAGGCAGGGGUUUUCCUGUACUGUUGGGUUAUGGAUGAAGUAUGGAGUGUCAUCUCUGCGUUUUUGUAUUGUUUUUUCUAAUUCUUUUAAAAUGUUACCACUAAGCUUUUUAAUGUUAGUUUUGUAACAGUCUUAUUAAUUCAGGAGAUUACCUGUUUGGACCUGCCUCAUUUUUUGUUAAUCUGUAAUGAAUCUUAACAUGGAUGACUGGUCCAAUUAGUGAACCAUGUUUUCAUGAAGCAUAAAUACUCUGACAAGUGACAGCUUUUUGUACUCAAGGGAAGCUGAAGUUUUUAACAGAAAAGUCCAAUGCAUUUCUGAAGAUGAAUUGUAUUUUGGCUCUUGCUAGUUUUCUUCUUCUGAUUUUCCUGGAAGUAGCCCAGUCUUGUCCUCCAAUCUGUAAAUACUGCUCCACGGGGCUAGCAGAAUGUGAGCAUGUCUCGUCGCUUCAGGAAGUCUUACCAGGUUUGCCAAACUCCACAGAGAAAAUACUAUUACGGCAUGGAAACCUCAGUAAGAUACCACCACUGUCUUUUCAGAACUUCCCCAGACUUCAUUUGCUCUCCAUAACUGGAUUUCUGUUCUCUUCACUUGCAAACCUGACCUUUGUUGUAAAGAACAUCAGCAGCCUGAGGAGUUUGGAUCUCAGCAGUAACUGCCUGCGGAGCUGUGGGAUUGAGCCUUUGGCUUUCUCUGGUCUUGGAAUCCUUGAGGAGUUGAUUCUUACAAACAAUGCCUUGGAUAUGCUGAAAAGUUCUUGGUUCUUGGAGAUGACCCUGCUCACCAAACUCCUCCUUUCUGACAACAAAAUUACAUAUCUUCCUCCAAGAACUUUUGAGAGUUUGGCUAAGCUGAACGAACUCAUUGUGUCUUCCAAUUUCAUUCAGUAUCUUUCCAUGGACACUUUUUAUGGGCUAGCAUCAUUGACCAAACUGGACUUAUCAAGCAAUGAAAUCCUGUUUAUUAAUAACGAUGUUUUCCAACCUUUGCAGGCCUUGACGCAUCUAUGGUUGUUUAAGAAUAAGAUGACUGCACUGGCCAGCAUGCCAGACUCUCUUACCUCCUUGUCUCUUAAUGAAAAUCCUUGGACCUGCAACUGUCAUCUGGUGAGCUCCAUGCAGUUACUGAAGGAGAAAGUUCAGACACCUAGUGGCCUGGUUUGCAAUAGUCCGCCGAGCCUGAGGGGACGCCAUAUGUUGAGUGUCGGGCCUGAAGUCUGUGCUUUUUCAACUCUCACAGGAAAUCUACCACAGGAAAGCACUUCAAAAUUUAACUCGCUCUAUGGCUUCACAGGAGGACUUUUCUUCAGUUUCAUCAUGUGCCUGAUUGUCUAUUUUGUCACAAAACACUGGAAAUAUAGCAGAGUUGCUAAUCAGGCAGAGGAUGGACACAUCUUACAGAAGGACUCUGUGGAAGAGUUCCCAAGGAGCAUGACCAAUGCCCCUUCAGUAUCCUCACUUCCUCAUAGCUGUGUGAUAAAAGCAAAUACGACAAGGGGCUUUCAGAAGGAAAGUGAAGCUGACACAACAGAAAAAACCCUGUGUGACCAUUUGAACAACACGUCCAAAUCCAGCAGAGAACAUUCAGAAACAAGCUCCCCAGUGAAGAUGCCUGGAGUGGCCCUGCUGCCGGCUCACAGUCCCACAGGUAAAAAGAUCAUGACGAUCUGUAAAGAUGGAAUGGAAAUUGAAAGAUUAACUGAAAAUCCAGACAAAACCACAAGCCCAGCACUCCAGCAAGUGGACAGCAAAAAUGUGGAGAGAGCAAUUGAAAUCCCCAGAUGUGUCAGUGCACCGGGCUUACUUCCUAAUGUGGAGAAACAACCUUCUCCAAAAAGGGACCAUGGUUUGCAUUGCUCAUCGUUGAGCCAUGAAAAAACAAUCCCGAUGAGGGAGUGGAUGGAGAAUAGGGAACCUGCCUUGGUGAAAUAUUUUGAAACCCAGUGGGAAGAGCAGGCUUUGAGUCCCAUUACCUGGUUUUCUGGUUCUCAGUGUUCCGGGACUUUGGUAAAUGUAGUUUCUCCAGCAGGAAGUGCUACACAUAUACAAACAGGCAGAGACAGAAUUCACAUCGCCUCUAACAAGAGAAGUAAAUCCUGGAGCCCCUUUCACUUCAGCAUCUCCAGUCAUUUAACAGAGGCUCAUGGAGAUGGUGCAUCUAGAAGAAAUGCUGAGAAUGGAUUUGAGGCCAACUCUGUGCAUUCAAGAAGAGACACAGACUGCGAGACUUUAUGUCAAGAACAUUUUAUAAAGAGUGAGUCCACAGAUACUACUGAGGACAGAUCCAAAGAUCAAGGAAUGAAAGAACCAGACUUGCAGAAAAACAUCUAUCUUAAGAACUGUUGCAUUGCACAGAGUGAAAGCAACCAUCAGAGAGAGACUACAAACACAGGGGACGUCAACCUCACUCCAGAACCUGAAGCACGAGCCAACUCCCCACUUUCAGAUUUAGCCAGCCCUAGAGAACAUGUUUGUGCCAGCAACCCAGAUAAUAAAAGCAUUAAGCCUGCAGUGCAGGGCAAAUUAGUUAGCCCCUUUCUUGGAAAAGAAGGUAUCCAUCCCCAGUCUUUCUAUAAUAAUGAUAGACUGGGAGAAGAGAGGCCCAGCUGUAGAAUACCCAGGAGUGAGAAAUCUGACAAAGAAUCUUCCUUAAAGAAUAAUAAAUUAACAAGAGAGAGAUUUUGGAAAUACCAUACAAAUUGCUGCAAUGAAUACCAGCCCUGCCCAACUGCUCAGAAAGUAUUAAAGGAGCUGAAGACUGCACUUCUGACUUCAAGAGAGCAAUUAGAUCUGUCCACGCAGGCUCCUCCCUCUGACAUGGAUCUUCUGAAAGAACAAGAAGUGACCACAACUUUCCUUGCCCAGUGUAUAAACAGUGAGGAGCCACUAACAAACAAACGGGAAAAGGGAAACUAUAGCACUUUGCCAGAUGUACACGCUUCCUUUGCUCCUGAUGGAAUUUGCCAUCAAGAGUUGCCUGGAGAUGACAAUAAAUUUUUUUGUGGACUUCCUCAGACAAUAACUCUGCAGCUGGGCCAACAAACCAAUAUAUCUCACCAAGAAGCUGGUGCUGAAUGCCAGUCUUUGAGUAAGGCAAUUGUUGAACCCAUCAAUGAAUUUCAAAGGAGCACUGAAAAAUGCAUUGUAAAAGAUCAGAGCAGGAUGGUGGAUAGUUUGGAGCAACUGCAGUUAGGAAAUGCCUCUGUUGGUGCCAAUAAUCUUAUAUUCAGAAGAUGCGAGAAUGCACAUAAUGAACAUGUUGCCCAGGACUGGAAGUCUUUGGAUACAGAAACCGAUUCGGAUGCACUGACACAAACAUAUAAUACCAUCAAUGAGCAUUUUGCAGGAGGUGAAGAAGGUUGUGUUCCUGUAUCUCCAAGUGUUUUAGACAGAGAACUCUGCCGUGUUAAAUCUCUACAACUCAGCGCUAUGGCAUCUGUCUAUACUUGCCUCCCUCUCGGUGCAGAUGAAAGCACCCUGAUGCCUGACUCUAAAACUUCCAAUCCGAAUAUUAGUAAAGUUUCUUUAUUGGACAUUCACGAAGGUAUAGCAGACAGGCAGUCCAACUGUUAUUUGUCAAAUGAGGUUAUUUCGGUGCAGAAAACGCACAUUUCUCCAAGUGAAGAGAAAAGUGUAGACAGACUGACAGAUGAAAGUACUGAUGCUGAAUUCAUGCUUAAUGAAAAUGAGGGAGCUCAGUUUGAUAUUGACCAGGAGAAAACAAAGGCAUUUCAAUCUGACUGUACUGAGCACAAUUCAUAUGAGUUAGUGAAAGUUAUUAGCUCAAAUGACACGGACGACCAAAAGAAUACUAGGGAGCUGUUAGCCCCUAGUGACAAUAUGAGGAUUGAAAAUAAAACCUGGCAUAAUACUGACAACAGUCCUUGUAGAAGCUGCUUGGAAAAUGCCUGUAGUUCUAUAGCAGCCGAUCGUAAUGAAUGUGACGAUGUUGAAUGCAAAAAGGAAACUGGCCAUGAAUAUCUCUACCAACCUGCUGUAUCAAAAGGGAGCAGAUCCUUUACAAAUCCUUCUCUUACUGUUUAUGAAAGUCAAGCAGAAGAAAUCAGUGUUGCAGGCUAUGAUGGUACUUUUUCUCACUCAUGCCAGGCCUCCAGGAAUACAGGAAUUCAGCAAUUUACUUGUAAUAAAAAGGACGAGUUUCAGCUCCAGAAUAUACAGGUAAAUCCAAAAAUGGAGAAUGAACCAGAUAUGAAAUAUUCUAACUCUAAAUACCACAUGUUAGUGGCUGGCAACACAGAUGCUAAGCUUUGUGUGGCAGGAGACAACCCCUCUGCCAGUCCAUAUUUAGAAAGCAGACAGCCCCUGGAGAUUGGACUACAUUCUAAGACCAUUUGUCUGCCAGAGCAGUCUCACAGGUCUCUUCUGCAACAAGGUUCUGCGCUUUCCAAUCCAUGGAAGAAGGAAUUAGAGCAAAACUGGAAUAAAAGUCCAUCAGGAAAACAACUCAAGAAAACAUAUUGUUCUGUUUUCAGACUACCUACCGAAGGCUCAUCUUUUGGGAAACUUUGCCAGAAUUUAGACUGUACCAUUAAGCCUCCUGAUCUGAGCAAGGGAACAUCCCCCACUACCCUACUGACGCCAAAUCCAUAUUUAUUGGGACAAGAAACUGAAAUACAUGCAAAUGGAGAGUCUUGGGCAUUCAACCCUCAAGUGACGGAUAAAGCCACAUAUUUAAGUUGCCUUUAUAAUCCAAAGGCACCAAGGAAACAAGCAAAUGAACUAAGUAUACUUUCUAAUCUCCGCUAUUGUAAAAUUUCAGCAAAAGUAUCCUUUGGUGUGAAGGAGGAGGAAUGGAGGUCAGUGUCUCAAAAAAAAGAAAAUGACCCAGACCAAUUAAUGAGUGACCAUCAGUAUGAACCUCCUCCUAAAAAAGAAGUCACCACAGAUAAUGACUGAUGUAAGUAUACUACCUGACUUGAGGCACUCGACUUUGGUAGAGCUUUGCAUGGCUAAAAUGUAAUCAGCUUGUAAAAUGAAUGGGUUUGUGUAUGUAAAUGAGGACAGUCAAAGAUGACUCAAAAAUACCACUACUGUAUUGGUCUGUAGAGAUACAUGUAAUGCUUUCCUAUUACACAGUGAUCUUGUACAUCACCCUAGCCCUGUUUUUUCAGUCUGUUGUCUGUCUUUCAGAAAUGUAGUUUCAAGAUACCCGUGUAUAUAAUUUUUGAUCUUGAACUAAUCAGAAGUGUUAAACAUCCCAUGAAAAACAUUUAGUGGUAUGCAAGUUUAGGCCUUACAUUUGAUGUACUCAGUGUAGUAAUGUCUCUCAGCCAGGUGCAACCUAUUCAUAGAUGUUUUGGAAUUAACAAAGCUUACCUGCUUUAAAGAAGGAAAGGGUAAUGUUUAAAGAUGAUGGUGUUUUUUUCUUAAUUUUUAAACAUUUUUGGAAGCCUGUGAUUGUAAAUGUUUCCACCUAGUUUUUUCCCUCUCUUCCACUGUGAGUAGACAAUGUUUGAAUGUUCUGGGAGAUGGACUUUUCUCUUGAUUUUUGAACAAUGAGUGGUUUCUUUGGGUGACAAAGACUUUACCUAUUGUAUAUAGGGGGGAAAUAUAGGGCAAAUUGGAUUGGACCAUCUAAUAUUGAUGGUGCAAUGAAGCAUCUCUGUAUCAAAUGACUGGGGUAAAAUCUUUUUUCUGCAAGUAAGGAUUAGAUAUUGCCCUUUCUAUCCUUGCUUUAAGGAUUUUAAUAUUGUUGGUAUUAGAUUGAUUUGGGCUGACAUUUGACUGGAACACAACAUUCAUACAAAACAUCUUUAAGUUAAGGGAGGGCGUUUUGAAAAGAUCUGAAUUUUUAAAAAAAAAAUCACAAAACAUAUCGCACAAUUUUAGAGUGCUGCAAAAUGGGUUUGGUGGCCUAUCUGAGCUUUGGGAUUUCCAAUUGACUUUAAAAUUACAGCUCACUUCCCCUUUCCAACCCCUUCAAAAACAUUUACAAAAGUCUAUGAUGUUGCUGCAUGCAGCUGUUUUAUUUUAACUUUAUUUUUUACAUACCAGUGUGAAGCAUCUUCACAUAUAUUUGUACAAAAAAAAAAUCUCCAGUUGGCUGUCUAAAGUGUAUUUCAGAACAUUUCACAAAAGAGGGUCCCAUAU